AUGCGGUUCUCGGUGCAUAUUCUCAGCCUCUGUGUUUUGUCAGAUCUUGGCCUGGCAGCCCCAUCACUACCCCCUACCUCGGAGCUUGAGAGUCGCCAGCUUGUCAGUGGCCUUCUCAAAGGUGUCGAUGGUACCCUAGAAGCUGUUGUCGGAGGCCUGCUUGGCGCACUUCGCAAGGCGAUUGAUAGCGGUGACAGAGACAAGACGUUGGACAUUCUGCACGUGCUUGAGCCUUCUAAGACGCCCAGGUCUGUCAAAGACGUUUCUGUCGCUCUGGAGAAGAUCUCAAAGUCCAAGCCCAAGACUAUCAUCGAUUACAGCGCUCAAUUGAUUGUGAAUGGUCUCAUUUCUGGGAACACGUUGGAUCUCUUCGCUUAUGCCAAGGGCCUUGUCUCUGAACAAAAUGGAAGCAACAACAAAAACCGCGAUCCUCCCAAGAAGGUCUACCCAAAGGUAGCAGACUGCGAUGCUCCUUACACCACCUCUGAAGCAAAGCUCCGUGCCGCCAUUCAUAUCCCUCCCAGUUUUACCUACGGCGAAAAGCCUCCCGUCAUUUUGUUUCCUGGUACUGGAUCUACUGGCUUUACUACCUUCCGCGGUAACUUUAUUCCGCUACUCACAGACGUUGAAUGGGCGGACCCGGUCUGGGUCAAUGUUCCUGUGCUGCUUCUCGAGGAUGCCCAAGUCAACGCUGAGUAUGCUGCAUAUGCACUCAAUUACAUCGCUUCACUCACCAAGCGAGAUGUGGCUGUCAUCGCCUGGUCUCAAGGCAACAUUGAUGUUCAGUGGGCACUCAAGUACUGGCCUUCUGCACGCAAAGUCACGACCGACCAUGUCGCCAUCAGCGCUGAUUACAAGGGUACAAUCUUGGCCAACAUUGGCGGUGCCACCGGUUUGAUCAACACACCAGCAGUCCUUCAACAAGAAGCUGGAAGUACCUUUAUCAACACUCUUCGCUCCAACGAUGGUGACUCGGGCUAUAUCCCCACCACAAGUCUCUACUCUAGCCUUUUCGACGAGGUUGUUCAACCUCAAGCGGGUACUGGCGCGUCAGCUUACAUACUCGAUGCUCGUAAUGUUGGCGUUACCAAUGCUGAAGUUCAGGAAGUCUGCGCUGGGAAGUUGGGUGGUUCAUUCUACACGCAUGAGAGUAUGCUCGCGAACCCUCUCACGUUUGCGCUUGCGAAGGAUGCUCUUACGCAUCAAGGACCUGGAAAUAUAUCUCGAAUUGACCUGGUCGAUAUUUGCAACAGGUCAUUGGCGCCUGGUCUCGGCUUGGAGGAUUUACUGAUCACUGAGAAUGCGGUUGUUAUCGCUGCUCUUUCACUGGUCUUGUAUCUGCCCAAGCAGGUAGAAGAGCCCAAGAUCAAGCAAUACGCAUUUGAGGCGACUGGUACAUGCUAG